CGUUUAUCCGCGCGUUUGCUUCGGCUGCAUUUUGCCAGGGUCGAGUAGCGUACUCCAGGUACCUACUGCGACACGCAUUGUGAAUUUGUGAUACCAUCAGAUCAGAUCAACAAACACCCGAAUCGCGUCUUCCCAGGGCCCGCAGCAGCAGCAACGAACGACAACAAAGGUAACCACAGAGCAACCACAGAGCAACCACAGCGCCAUGCGUCCGCGCAAAGUUCCCCUAACCUCGCUAUCGCACUCCCUCGUAGUUCCGCACACACGGGAGACACGGCGACUAUUCACGCGGCUGAGCAAGGUCUCGCUCCUCGCGCUGGCCAAGCGCUGGCUGGACCCCGAGCACGUCAAGCAUUUCUCGCCCAACCUUGUUCUUCCGCCGCCAGACGACGAGGAGGAGCUCUCGCUCGAAGAGGCGCAAGAGGUCUAUGCGGAUUUCGAGAAAGAGAAUGCAAUACGUGCGAAGGAUGUCGCCGAACGAAUGCUGGAAAUGGAGUGGCGCGAUGGUGCUACGCUCCUCGCGAUUGCCGAGCUGGAGUGGCAGUACCUGAUCGAUCACCCCUCCUCGAGCAAAUGGCAAUCCUUCCUGCUGUCACCGCUGAGCACCUCUCACACACCUCUCCGCCCACGAUUCUAUACGCCGACCUUCCUAUCCACCCUCCAAUCCUCCCUGAAACCCCUGCAAACCGCCCACUUCUUCUCCGCCUUGCACCCGUCUCUCCUCUCCCUCACCGUCCUGCGCAUCUCGCUGCACUCCCCAUACACCCCCCCCUCCUACCCCCCCACCAAGCGUUCCAGUUCCAUCUUCUUCCUCGCCUUCCCCUCGGGCAGCGACCAUGUCUUCACAACGCUGGGGGCCAGCAACACCGAUGGUCUGCGCGACAGCGUGCUGGCAGCGAUCGCGCACGCCGUCUCGCGCCCGCACUGCAGGUUCGCACUGAAACCGGGACGCUUCGUCGCAAAGACACUGGAGAGCUUGUGUUCGCACCGCGGCGCGGGGGACGGCGCUGGCGGGCUGGGCGCAGGUUGGAGCGUUUAUCUCGACGGCUUUGAGAGUAGUCCGCUGGCGGUGCCGAGGGUGGUGCAACCUGAGGAUGAGGACGGGGAAGAAGGGGAGGAGAGGAAGCGCAGGAAGAUGGUCAAGGCGAGGUUUGGAGCGACGGGUGUGGCAGGCGAUGGACGUGCAGUCGAGAGCGCGUAUUUUGAGGUUGAUGAGAUGUUCCCCAGUGCGUGCAAAGGGAAAGGGAAGGAUGUGUUCCGGCCCACGAUUGGCGUGCGGUUGAUGGGCGCGCAUGUCUUUGCGGGGGUGCGUGCGAUGGCGGAGAAGAAGGGGGGCGGAGCUGUCGUCGAGAAGUUGCCGGGCUGGAUGCUCGGCGAGGAGGGCGUCACCAGCGGGAUCAUCAGGAAUCGGAAACUGCUCAGGAAGAUGGCCGAUGGGAAGUUUAGUAAAGCGUAAUAGGCGGGAUGCGGCUCCCCUCUGAUGUUCGUUCGUUCUAUAUUUCUAUGUGGGCGUGUUUUGCUUCUGUGUAUAUGCGGGUAGCUGGUGUUUGGUGGUUUUGGUGCUCUUGUAAUUUGUUUCCUUUGCUUGGUCACUUGUGUGUACGAUACGAUAGCGUGCGAGACGGGAAUGGCAGUAGGUAUUAUACUAUCAUAU